AUGAAGCUCAUGCUCGUCCGGCCGCCGCACGUCGUCCGCCGUAGCCGCCGUCUGGCCGCUCGUCCCAGCCCGGGCCGCCGUCCGCCGCUGCUGUCCUCCUCGGACCCAGCUGUUUCUUCUUCCUCCUCUCCUCUUCGUGGACGCCCGACCAGCAGCUACCGCAGCUCGUCCUUCCGCCGCGCGUCGUCCGCCGCGGCCGCCGUCCAUCUGGCCCGUCGCCGCCGUUGCUGCUGCUGCUCCGGCGAGACCCCCGGUUCCCCCUUUCCCUGUUCUGACUUCCCUUCCCCUGUUUCGCCAGCAACCGUCGCUGCCCUCACCGGCUCACCACUACCACCCGGCUCCCCCUUUUCCGCCUGGUCGCCGCCCCCGCUGCCGCCGGCGCCACUGUGGCCGCUGCUCCCCUGUUCCGGCCACCGCUCCCCUCCCCUUCCUCUGUUCUCUCUCUCUGUCCCUACUCCGACCGUCGCCGCCGUGGGCCGCCGCUCGAACGCCGGAGCUGCUGCUGUCCCGGCGACGUUGCUGCUUCUGUUCCGUCCAACUCGCCGCCGCCCGCCUUGCCACAACCCCGACGACGUUGCUGCUGCUUCCUUCCCCUGUUUCUCUCCCGUCGCCGUCGCUGCCCAGCCGCCGCCGGAGCUGCUGCCGUUCCGGCGAGGCCCCUGCUCACCCCUGCUACCGCCGAGCUGCUGCCGUCUCAGCCGGAGCUCCUUGCCGCCCGGCUGUGGCCGAGAGCCUCGCCGAUCGCCGCCGCCGCUGUUGUCCCGACGAUUUCUCCGCUCCCCCGCUCUGUUUUCGUUGCUCAAGUCGAGAUCCGCGACCGUGAUUGAUUUGGAGAUGUCGCCAAGGUACCAUGGAGACCGGGGAUAGGUCGGGUUACCCCGUCUUUUGAGCGCUCCGUUUUGGUAGAGGAGAUAAGUUUAACAAACACCGUCCCUUUUUUAUGAACGUGGUUUGAAGUUAGUAGCCUGGUUUAAGGUGAUGUAAACGUGAAGGUUGUAAGUUAUAUUAAAUGUAUUCUUGUUUUGAGUA